UUCUACUUCAUUUCUAUACACUUCUCCUCGCACAAUUUUCACUGAUUUUAAAGCACAGCCUUCCUUUUUCCCCAUUCUUCUGAAAACUGAUUUUGAUCCAUAUUUUUUCGUCAAGUUAUCUCCUUUUCGUUCUGGGUUCCUCCGGUUUUUGUCUAUAUGUCUGUCUUCGUGAAGAAAUUCGUUGAGAAGGCUUUUCUGAAGAAGCAUGCAGGAUUUUCUGAUAGUUUGGAGCCUGAUGAUGUAAGCCCUCGUUUAGUUUUCCAUUAUGGAAUCCCGUCAGGAUCUAUGCUGCUUGCAUUUGAUUCUAUUCAACAAAUUCUUGCCAUCUCAACUAAGGAUGGGCAAAUCAAAUUGUUCGGUAAAGAUGGCUCACAAGCUCUAUUGGAAUCUCCAGAGACUUCGCCCAGCAAAUUCUUGCUGUUUAUAGAGAACCAAGGCAUUCUUCUGCAUGUAAAUAUCAACAACAACAUCGAGGUCUGGGAUUUAGACAACAAGUGUUUGUCUGGUGUUCAUCACUUUGAGAAGGAAAUCACCUCAUUUACGGCCAUGCGCAAUGGAGUUUACCUUUAUGUUGGAGAUUCCACUGGUGAUGUAACUGUCCUGAGGCUUCACCAAGAGCCGUGUCAAAUCGAGAAAAUGAAUUACCGUAUUCCUCUUUCAGCAUCUCAUGGCAAGUUAAAUGAAGUCGGAAGUGAUGUUAUGGCAAAAUUUGGUCUCAUUAUAUAUUCAGAUGGGGCUAUUACACUCUGGGGAAUACAAGAAAGCAAAGUCUUAUCUACAAACAGUAAUGGUACCACUUUGCAAUCUACCUAUCAAGAGGCCAAGAAAGUGACAGCUGCAUGUUGGGCUUGUCCUCUUGGGACCAAAGCUGCUGUAGGGUACAGUAAUGGAGAUAUAAUCCUCUGGGGCCUCUCGUCACCUUUAGAUUCGAAAACCGAACAAGCCUUUCAAAAAGAAUUGUGUCCCGGCCAAAUUACUCCCAUUUAUAAGCUGAAUCUUGGGUACAAAGCUGACAAAAUUCCAAUUGCAAAGCUCAAAUGGGUCCCUGCCGACGGAAAAUCUAGCCGGCUAUACGUUUUGGGCUUGUCCGAGGGCCAUUCGGCAAAUUUGUUGCAGGUGGUUUUACUAAAUGAAAAUACCGAAAGUCGGACGAUUAAACUAGGGCUCCAUCUCCCGGAGUCUUUGAUUGACAUGGAAAUUACAAAAGGCCCCAUCGAACAAAACAAGAACAGAUGCGAUUUUCUUCUUUUGAUAGGGAGGUCAAGUCAUGCAUACACUUAUGAUGAUUCUUUAAUAGAAAGAUACCUUGUACAAUGUCAAACCAAAUCAUCAUCCCCUUCACUUCCAAAGGAAGUAAAGAUAAAGCUACCAUACUGUGAUUCAGGUGCUAUUACUGUGGCUAAGUUCAUCACGAGCCUCCCAUGCGUGCCGGGAUCAGUGGCCGAGGACUUCAAUAUACUAGCGAAGAAUGCCUUGCCCUUUUUACCAUUUGAAAAAGGAGCAAAAGAUGGGUGGAAUUCAAAUCCAACUGCUUUUAGUGCGUUUUCGAACGCGCGUAACCUGUUUAUAACGGGACAUAGUUCAGGAACAAUUAACUUUUGGGAUGCGUCUUGUCCGCUUUUGCUUCCAGUUGCAUCUAUAACUCAACAGAGUGAUAAUGAUUUAUCUCUGAGUGGAGUGCCACUGACAGCAUUGCAGUUUAGCUACGAAUCGCACCUUCUCGUGUCUGGAGAUCAAAGUGGGAUGGUUCGUGUAUAUGCAUUGAAGUCUGAGUCAUUUGCCCCACAAAGCACUUUUGUGUCCUUCCCAGGAAGUUCAAAGAAGGGAAGUAAUCACAUUAUCCGUAAAAUUAAAGCCGUGAAGGUUAAUGGUGCAGUACUAUGUAUAACUGCAAGUGACGAUAUGAAACAACUUGCAGUUGGAUCUGACCAAGGAUAUGUGUCGUUAAUUGAUCUAGAAGGUCCCAGUAUCUUGUACCAGAAGCAUAUAGUUAGUGAAUUUUGCACAGGGAUUAUCACGACCCAUUUCGAGACAUGCAGCUUACAUGGCUUUGAGAAGAAUGUUAUUAUUGUGGCAUCAAAAGAUUCAUCUUUUGUAACACUCGAGAGGGAUACUGGAAACACACUAAGCUCGGGAGUUGUUCGUCCAAAUAAACCGUCAAAAGCUCUAUUUACACGGAUCUUGGAUAAUGCGGAAACUAACAACACUGGUGUGGACAACUCAACUCCCAAACAAUCAUUUGUAUUGCUAUGUUCGGAAAAAGCUGUUUAUGCGUACUCUUUAUUGCAGUUAGUUCAGGGUGUUAAGAAAGUGAUCUACAAAAAGAAAUUUACUUCAUCUUGUCACUGGGCAUCAACUUUUGGCUCACCUGAUAUUGGACUUAUACUUCUUUUUGACAGUGGCAAAAUCGAGAUUAGGUCCCUGCCUGAAUUAUCCCUUGUGAAGGAAAGUUCAAUAAGAGCAAUUACAUCUUCAACUUUGAGACAAUCCUCGAUAUCAGACUUUAUAGUAUCCUCAUCUCCUGCUGGUGACCUUAUCAUCGUCAAUGGGAACCAAGAACUACUUUUCGUUUCAACUUUGCUCCACAAAGAGGCUUACAGACAUGUGGACUGUGUUACCAAAGUUCUUGACAAAGACCUCGUCAAAAACAGUGAAGUGCUUCUCUCGCUAUCCCCCGUUAAGGAAAAGAAAAAGGGUAUAUUUAGCGCUUUGGUUAAAGACAAUAAAGGCCCAAAAGCAACUAAUGGGUUGGAGAUGGAAACUACUAAAGCCUCUAGGGAAAGUAUUGAAGAACUUUUGUCCAUAUAUUCAGCUGUAAAUUUUCCAACUAACACGGAAACUGAAGAAAAAAAGAUCGUUAAGGAUGACGAGGACGUUGACUUGGAUAUAGGUUCUCAUUUUCUGCACGAAAUCUUGAGCUUUGCGAAUGAUAUUGACAUUGAAGAUCCCGAAGAGAAACCAAGAGGAAAUUCGGUGAUGGCUGGAUUCAAUAGAUACAACAUUACAAAUAAAUUUCAAGCAAUGAAAGGCAAGUUGAAAAAGGUCAAGAAUGAUAAAGUGCCAGAAGUUGAUGAGCCGCAGGACGAGAAAACUGGUGAUAUUGACCAAAUAAAGAAAAAAUAUGGCUAUGCUUCUACUGGUGUAAGUUAUAUAAGCUGCAUUUUAGCUGUAAUGAGAGUUAAUCUCCACAAUUUAUGAAUCAUUUAAUAUAAAAAACUCCAUAGGAGUAAUGUAGGA